AUGUCGCAUACGCGUUUGAGGAACGCGAUGAUUGCCGGCGGCUGGCCGACGAAGACGAUGUCAGUGACAGCGUCAUCGACGGCGGCGGCGACGUCAGCGGCGAGACAGAGUGCCGGUGGCGGGGUGCUGAUUGGCCGAGGGGUAGGGAUGAUGGACUCGCCGCCGGUAUCCGCACCGAUGCUACUCCAGCCGGUUAUUCCGUGUCGCGGCAUGGCAUCGAGCGCAGCGACGGCGGCGGCGACGAGCCCGCGCGGCAAGGUCCUCACCGAGGACAACGUCUUCGUGAACCUGCGCAAGAUGGAGUACGCGGUGCGCGGGCCGCUGCUCAUCAGGGCGCUGGAGAUCGAGAAGGAGCUGCAAAAGGGCGUUAAAAAACCCUUCAAGGAGGUAAUCAAAGCAAACGUGGGCGAUGCCCACGCUAUGGGUCAGCAGCCUAUCACGUUUCUGCGACAAGUACUCACCCUGACGGUCUCGCCAAAUCUACUGAGUGAUCCAAGCUACCCGGAAGACGCGAAGGAUCGCGCCAGGUUGGUCCUGGGGGGCUGCAAGGGCGGCAGCGUGGGCUCGUAUUCGGAGUCAGCCGGCAUCGAGUGCAUUCGCAAGCAUGUUGCACAGUACAUUCAGGAACGCGAUGGCGGUAUUCCUUGCGAUUACCACAACGUCAUCCUUUCGAAUGGUGCUUCUGAUGGUAUCAAGUCAUUCCUGAAAUUAUUCAACGAAAGGAUCAACGAUAAACCAUCUGGUAUACUGAUUCCAAUUCCACAGUAUCCUUUGUACUCGGCAACUUUGGCGGAGUUUGGUCUUGCUCAGAUCGGGUAUUAUUUGGAUGAGACUAACAAGUGGUCGUUAGAAGUCAGCGAACUAGAAAGAGCAUUAAAAGAAGUCAAGGAUACGUGUAAUCCUCGCGUGUUGGUGGUGAUUAAUCCCGGUAAUCCUACCGGCCAAGUAUUGACUCGCAAGAAUAUCGAAAAUGUCAUCCGCUUCGCCCAUAAACAUCACUUGUUCUUGCUGGCCGACGAAGUCUACCAGGACAACAUAUACGACAAAGACAGUGCAUUCCAUUCCUUCAAGAAGGUCAUGACAGAGAUGGGCGAGCCGUAUUCGAAAAUGGAACUUGCAUCGUUUAUGUCCAUCUCGAAAGGAUAUAUGGGUGAGUGUGGGAUCCGUGGCGGUUACGCCGAAAUCAUCAACAUGGAUCCGGAAGUGAUGAAGGUGUUAUUGAAGUCGAUCUCUGCGAUGCUGUGUCCUACCGUGCUCGGUCAGGUAGUGAUGGAUGUUGUGGUGAAUCCGCCGCGACCAAAUGAGCCAUCAUAUGAGCAAUUCCAGAAAGAAAAGAAAGAAACUCUGCGCUCUCUGGCAGAGAGAUCACAGCUCGUUGUCGACACACUCAAUAGUAUUCCAGGAUACAAGGCGAACCCGCCAAUGGGUGCGAUGUAUGUGUUCCCGCGUUUCGAGUUACCGCCAAAAGCAAUUGAGGCGGCGCGAGCGAAAGGUCAAGAACCAGACGUCUUCUACGCAUUCAAACUAUUGGAGAGUACCGGAAUUUGUGUAAUCCCAGGCUCAGGUUUUGGCCAGAUACCUGGUACACAUCAUUUCCGGACUACAAUACUGCCGCAAAAAGAGAAAAUUAAAACAAUGCUCGAAGCACUGAAGCAAUUCCACAUUAAGUUCCUUAAGGAAUACAGUUAAAUGUAAUAUAUUUUUCGUUGGGGAAAAAUUGAGAUUAUAAAGAAUUGGAAUAGGAGUUGAUGAGGAGUAACCGCAUAAUGGGGCUGUGCAUAUCCGCGUGAGGGCUAAUUUCCAGUCUAAACGCGUCGAUAACGAAAUAUUUUUAUUACGAUUAAUAACUCAUUAUUGUGAGACAGACUACAUUUAGACGACAUCUUAAUCGGGUUUAAUAACGUCCGUAGUUAUGAAAUUGACCAAUUAUAACUAUUCCUGUGGAGAAAAGAGUGGCUGUGAUUGGCCAAUUUCAUAACUACGGAAGUUAUUAAACUCGAUUAAAGAUGCUGCGUGAAUGUAUUCACAGUUAUCGCAUACGAUAUUGUUAAUGAGUUGCGUUUAUGUAGAAAUCGUAACAAAACUCUAAACUGUUGUAUGUAAAUGUAAAUGUAAAUCAUUAUUGAAGAGAAUACCUGUAAAUAUCUGGUAUAUAUAAUAGUUAUAUCGUUAUGCCGACAACGAUUGAUAUUAUAUAAUAGUCAACAAAAAGAGAAAUUGAAUAUUGUUGCAAUCUGUUGUAUUUUCUUGCAAUUUCCUA